AUGUGGCUGACAGAACCACACCCAACACAAGAAGACGGUAUCGUCACUAGGGAGGUGUGUGGGCACUUUGGAAGUAAUUGUUGCUUCCACUGGAUUUCCAUCCGAGUGAAAAUGUGUCCAGGAAACUAUGCCGUUUAUGAACUCCAGUGGAUAUUGAUAGUGCAGAGGGUCGUUAGAGAAGCUGAGAAGAGAGAUGGAGUUGAAAUGGAGAUCAGUGAUCCUGCUUCUCUGCUCUUAUGCUGCUGUGACACGGUUCAAGAAGAUGGUAUUGUGGCCAGGGAGGUUUGUGGGCACGCAGGAAGUAAUUGUUGCAGCUUGAAAAUCCCGUCCAUCCGGGUGAAAAUGUGUCCAGGAAACUACGCCGUUUAUGAACUAGUGAGACCUAAGGAACUUUCUCCAGCCCCUACUACCCAAGAUCUUACCAUGACAACACCUACUGUGCUGGAAGGUUGCUGUAUCUGUGAUUACGUCACCGUCUACGAUGGCCCGUCCACAGGCUACAGUCAGCUGGGGAAACUCUGCCACAACUCCUCCCAGGCUGCCUUCCACUCCUCCUCCAACCACCUGACUGUGCUCUUCAGAAGUGACAACUCUGGAGUCAGUCGUGGCUUCCAGGCUGAGUUCAUCAGCUCCCUAUCUACUGAUGACGGUCAAGUUCAGUGUUCAGGCGACAAUAUGAAAAUUGUCAUCUCGAGAGCUUUCCUGCGCUCUCAGGGAUAUGACAAUGGCAAUGACCUGUACGUCAAUGAUGAACACUGUAGACCAUCCAUCACCAGCUACCAAGUCAUCUUCAACUUCCCCCUCAACCGCUGUGGAACUUUCAGAGAGUUCAAAGGUGGCCGGGUGAUCUACCAUAAUGCAGUGCGGGCGUAUCGAUCCAGCAUUGGGGAAAUCACACGCCAAUCAACAUUCAAGCUGUCUGCUGUCUGCCAUAUGGAUUCUGACUCUGUGUCACAGAUAAUGUACAUCGCCCAUGAGAGACCUAAUUUUAACAUAACUGGAACAGGCCGUUUCAAUACCACUAUGGCUUUCUACGCUACGUCCAGCUUCCACCAGCAAGUCUAUGGCAGCCCUUACUAUGUUGAACUCAAUGAGAAUGUGUACGUCCAGGUGAGCCUGAGGAGACCUGACAGCAGUCUUGCCGUCUUCCUGGAUACCUGCGUGGCCUCCCCAAAUCCACAUGACCAUGCUGAUCACCGCUCCUAUGACAUCGUGGUGAACGGGUGUCCCAGAGAUGACACAUACCGCGUCUACACAGCUGGCACUCAGCCUUACGCAAGGUUCUCCUUCCAAGCCUUCAAGUUCCUGCGGACCCAUAACACCGUGUACUUGCAGUGCAACGUCUUCAUCGGCCCUGCCGACGUCAACAACUCCCGCUAUGGCCAGGGCUGCCAGAGGCGCGUGGCUCGAAAUGUGGCUUCCCCUGGAGACCACAGUGAAAUCCUGGUCCUGGGACCCAUUAAGCUCAGAGCUGAAGAGCCAGAUCCUUGUGACCACUACACUGUGCUGAAUGACACCUGGAGGUCCACCACCAACCAGGACCAAUCAGUCCUCAAGUGUGACGGUUCCAUCCAGUUCCACGGCUGGUACCGCAUGUUCUAUGAGGGGCAGAGUGUCCGCAUGCCAGACAGCUGUGUGCCAAAAAGACGAUGUGGAACUCAUGCCCCCCUGUGGCUGAAUGGCACACACCCCAAACCAGAGGAUGGCAUCGUGACCAGGAGGGUGUGUGGAAGUUGGGACCUUGGCUGUUGCCAAUUCCAAUCCACACCCAUCCGGGUGAAAAUGUGUCCUGGAAACUACGCCGUUUAUGAACUAGUGAGCCCGUACGGUUGCUAUGUUGCAUACUGUGCAGAUGUGCCCAGUGCUCCAACCACUCUACCAACAACUCCAGUUACUACAGAUCCAACCACAACAACAGCUGGUGUCACCCAUGAUUACACCUGCCAACACGGCUGUGGCUAUGACUACGCCAUGUGCUCUUGCUCAUACCGCUGUCGAGAACAGGGAAACUGCUGUUUUGACUAUGACGAUUAUUGCCAUCCAACCUCAACUACUACAACCUCAACCUCAACCUCAGCUACAACUACAACUCCACCCUCAACAACAGCAGAGUCUCAUCCGCCAUGUGGAGGGGACCUCAGUGGAUCUGGAACCUUCUCCAGCCCCUACUACCCAAACUAUUACCAUGGCAACGCCUACUGUGUGUGGAGGCUGUCUGCUCCCUCUGGCCAGAGGGUUCUGCUGACUUUUACAGACCUGGAGUUGGAUCGCUGCUGUUCCUGUGAUUACAUCACUGUCCACGACGGCCCGUCCACAGGCUCCAGACAGCUGGUGAAAAUCUGCCACAACUCCUCCCAGGCUGCCUUCCACUCCUCCUCUAACCACCUGACUGUGGUCUUCAGAAGUGACAAAUCUGGAGUCAGUCGUGGCUUCCAGGCUGAGUUCAUCAGCUCUCUGUCCUCUGACAACGGUGAAAUUCAGUGUUCAGGCGACAACAUGAACAUUGUCAUCUCGAGAGCUUUCCUGCGCUCUCAGGGAUAUGACAAUGACUAUGACCUGUACGUCAAUGAUGAACACUGUAGACCUUCCAAAACCAGCAACCAAGUCAUCUUCAACUUCCCCCUCAACCGAUGUGGAACUGUCAGAAAGGUCAAAGGUGGUCAGGUGAUCUACCAUAACGCAGUGCGGGCGUAUCGAGCCAACGCUGGGGAGAUCACACGUCAAUCAACAUUCAUGCUGUCUGCCGUCUGCCACAUGGAUUCCGACUCUGUGUCACAGACAAAGUAUAUAGCCCAUGAGAAACCUAAUUUCACCAUCACUGGAACAGGGCAUUACAACACCACUAUGACUUUCUACGCUUCGUCCAGCUUCCGCCAGCAAGUCCAUGACAGACCCUACUAUGUUAAACUCAAUGAGAAAGCGUAUGUGCAGGUGAGUUUGAGGAGACCUGACAGCAGUCUUGUCCUCUUCCUGGAUACCUGUGUGGCCUCCCCAAAUCCACACGACCAUGCCGAUCACCGCUCCUAUGACAUCGUCGUGAACGGGUGUCCCAGAGAUGCCACAUACCGUGUCUACACAAAUGGCACCCAGCCUUACGCAAGGUUCUCCUUCCAAGCCUUCAAGUUCCUGCGGACCCAUAACACCGUGUACUUGCAGUGCAAGGUCCUCAUCUGCCCUGCCAACGACGAUAACAAGUCCCGCUGUCGCCAGGGCUGCCAGAGACGCAAGACCCGAAGCCUGGCCUCCACCGGACACCACACAGACACUUUGGUCCUGGGACCCAUCAAGCUCAGAGAUCCUAAGAAGCCUGUGGCGGAACAGCUGGAGGACUUGGUGGCAAAGGCAGAAGAAUCCACUGAUGAUGUCAUCAACUAAUCAAUCAUCUCUUCUCCUCCUCAACUAUCUACCAAUCAUGUCUGACACAGAGGCGCCGUAUCACACUCAAAGACACUCUAAUGAAAUUAAUAUAUUGUGCUUUUUUCCUUCUAUGUACUUUAAAAUGAUUAUUAAA